AAUCUGGAACUGGACGCAGUGCUACCAGGGCCAUUUUUGCUUUUCGUCCAUUCAUACUCAUGUAUCCGUCGUCCUCGGAUUGAUGUCCUGUUGAGACAACUCGUAUCGCUUAUCGUCCUAAUCUCUUAAAGGUUCGCUGCUCCUGGGAGAGCCCUCGUCGUCUGUACGUACCUAAUUAGAUAGCUGUAUACCGUACUGGGAAGGAUGUACGAGUUCCGAGGAUGGACGUAACAUUAACUGUGAAGCUUUCCAAGAUAAUGCAAUUGCCAGCGUCUGACAGGAUUUUCAGUGCUGUCAAUUAUCGAAUAAAGUGACAUCGGCUCUACCCAACGUUGAUGGGGUAGUUACGAGAGAAGAUAGUCCGGAGAGUUGGCCAAAGUUUCGCCAAAGUGAUUCGGGAAAGGGAAAGAAGAAAAAAUAAAAAUGGACGGCAGAUGAAGAAAGAAAGAAAGAAAGAAAGGACAGAAGGUAGGAAAAGGGAGUUUUGUUAUAAUAAUGCCGGUGCCUCGCGUCGCGGGUUAAAGGUGUUGGUGGUCGAGACUGCUGGCUGGCGGUAACUCGUCGGCAAACGCUCACCGGUGUACGGAAAAGGAUCAAUGAGCAGGUUCAAUAACCUGAAAUCCACUUGACGAGUCCGACUACCUAUUGGUACGAACGACUGCGUCGUUUCACCAACCAAAAUAGAUAUUCAUUUUCCAAGAGUGCUAUUUUCCCAGCCAGACACAAAUCCAAUACCGAUGAUUUAACUGGUUAAGCUCGGGUCAAAGACCCGGGGGGGAGGGCCGUGUUCGCUCAAUCACGAGUCACGCGCGAAAUUUCGGCGUUAAGAAUUAUAUGCAAACGGUAAUUAAAGCUAAAGUCGAGCGUUCAAGUUCGAAACGUACGCGCGAUGAAAAAAAAAAAAAAAAAGUCGACCGCAAACGUUCGCCUUUACAAUUAUUAUCGAUAUAUUAUACGUUAUACGGAAUGCGAGUAGAUCCAUCAGAACGGAAGUUCGAAGCGGAAGAAAACAAUCGAAGAAGAAGAAGAAGAAGAAGAAGAAGAGGAGAAAAAGUAGAUAACCUUUGGUCAGCGUGACAGUAUCGCGAAAAAGUAAGAGAGCAGCAAGUGCGACCAAGUAUAGCUAGAUAGGUUGAUCGAUCGAGAUCUCAGGAUUCGAUCCAUCGAGGCGAUUCGACGCCGCCGAUGAUAAAUUACGUCGCGGCGAUCGUGAAAGAGGAUCGUAAAAAAUGGAGAAUGACGCGGAAGGGGAUUACCUGGAAGAGGAUGUCACGUGUUGUCAUCGAGUGACCAUAUUCCCUGCUGCGAUACGAAACAUAGUGGUAACGAAGCCUGUUAUUACGACGCGCUUCGGACUCGGGUCGAUCACCUGGGCGAAAUUAUUCCACUACGCGACUGUCGCGACCAUAGUGACGAUAAGUUGGGCGGUGCUGUACUUUAUAUUGAACGACACGAUGCUGCCGGGUAACGACGGCUUUGGUUUGUACGUUCUGGCGAUAUUCUCGUCGUGGCUCGGCUGGGGUUUGUCGUCGAUCCCGUACCUACAGCUGCCGCCGGUGUUCGGCAUGUUGCUCGCCGGUCUGAUCGUUCGCAACUCUGGUUUCUAUAAUAUUCACGAGGAGCUCGGCGUCGCCACCACCUCCAAGAUCAGAACGUUCUGUCUAACGUUCAUCAUGAUACGAUCCGGGCUUCAGCUGUCGACCACCAGCCUGACCAAGCACACGAUCUUCAUACUGAUCUUGGCCAUUGUUCCCUGCACGGUCGAGGUGCUCGUUCUCUCCGUUUGCUGUAGAUACGUUCUGUCCUACCAUUGGGACUGGUCCGUGAUGGCUGGGACGAUAAUCAGCUGUAUGUCGCCAGUGAUUACCAUGAACAGCAUCCUGGCUCUGGCCGAACGCGGUUACGGCGAGGACAACGGCCUCGCAACGAUCCUUUCCACCGCGGCAUGCAUCGACGUUGUGCACGUCAUCUCGCUGUUUACGAUCUGUUACUCGAUCGUCUUCGCCAACGACAAGUGUGGAAGCGAAUGGUGGUAUUACGUGAUGUCUGUCUGCGUUCGCGACACGAUACUGGGCAUUGUCACGGGAAUUCUUCUGGGCACUUGGUUCGUGUUUGUCCCCCAUCGCAGUCACAAAUACUCCAACUGGUUUCGAAUGAUCUGCUUGGUGCUCGGCUCGUUGAUGUUCACGACGUUCACCGCGAAGCUGACCAUCUCCGGUGGAGGAUACCUCGCCACCUUGGUCGCGUCGUUCGUCUGCAUGCUCGGCUGGAGAAUUCUCACCGUUUCCUUCGACUCCAUAUAUUUCCGACGAGCGAUCCACGUGAUUUGGCGGCUGGUUCAACCGAUUCUGGUCGGUGUUAUCGGCGCUGACAUUGAACUCGUCAAUUGGUGUCCAUCCAGAUUCGGACUUCACCUGUUGUGCAUCCUGAUCGGAUUGAUGGGAAGAAGUGCUGCUGCCUAUUUGACGACCUGGCGCACUUCGUUCACGUGGAAAGAACGAUUGUUCGUGGUAAUUUCCUGGCUGCCGAAAGGGAGUGUACAAGCAGCUUUGGGACCGAUGGCGUACGAACACCUGCGGAACGAAAAGUUCUCCGAGGAACUAGAAAUGGCCGAGGACAUUGUCAAAGUGUCGGUAGUCACCAUUCUGUUUCUGUCGCCGAUCGGAGCCAGUUUGAUCAGCCGUACCGGACCGAUUCUCCUUAGCCGCGCGACCGAGGAGCAACGUCAAAGAGAGCGCGAGAUGAGUUAUUUGCGAAUCCUCUCGUUUCUGCCUACGCCGGUGCAACCCCUGACAACCAACCAUCAACAGAACCUCUGAUACUCG